GCGAGCUCGGCUUGUGGACACGCCGCUGGCAGGACAAAACGAUUUGCUCCACAUUGUCUGGAAUAAAAGCCCCUACGUCUUUUUUAAAAUUUUGCAAUAUUCUGACUGGAUACUAAUUUAUUUUUCUCUAUCUAACAUGGCGGACAGUAAGGUGGAGAGCAGCGGGGAACUGAGCGCCAAGGAGCUGAAGGAGAAGAGACAGGCGGAGGAGACUAAGAAUGGAGAGGAUGCUGCUGCCAACGGCAAAACUGACGAGGAGAACGGCGAGCAGGAGAAUGAGGUAGAGGAGGACGAGGAGGACGUGGGAGAAGAGGAGGAGGAGGAGGAUGGAGAGGGUGACGAAGAGGACGAUGAAGAGGAUGACCUCGAUGGGCCAAGGGGAAAGAGAGCAGCUGAUGAUGAUGAUGAUGAAGAGGACGAAGUUGAAACCAAGAAACAGAAGACAGACAAGUAGAGUGUGUCUGGAGGACGCCACCAUCAAGAGACAGCCAGUUUUCCAGCAAACCUUCAACACCUCAGUCCUCCCUUCUUAACAAGAAUACUUUUAAAAAAAAAGAGAAUUUGUUUGUAUUUUUAUUUACAUUUUAUAUUUUUGUAAAUACUGUAAGGAGGUCGGCCAUCUUGCAACAGUGAUCUUUCUGGGUAUCAAGUGGUGCUUUGAAGAUUUUUAGAUCCAGACUCGUCAUCGUCGUCAGCCGUCCACAUUCUGUAUGAACCGACCAGAGGCAUCCAGCCCACGAGUCCAUCCACAGGCUGGAUGUCCCACCCCCGGCUUUCUUUUAUUACAAUAUAAGAUACUAGGGUCAGUAGGAACAAGGUGUGUGUUGACCUGUAGUCACAUGGGAUUGUUACAGUGACUCGGCGCUUCUCACAGUGCUGAGUGUGUAUUAGUUGUAGUUUGUAUGAGAUUCCAAGGCUGUAGUUUCUGCUGUCCGUCUGUCUCUGUUCUUCUGUCUGUCAUUGCCAGAUCUGAAUGUUUUUUAUGUCUGUGCUACUUUGUUGAACAAUAAACAGCCAUUUGAUUUUGUUUGUAACUGUGUUAGUUUCUACUUGUCAGUUGUGUGUAAAAAGAAAGAAGGGAAGCAGUUAUCUGUGAUGUGCGAUCUUUUCACCCGUUUCAAAAUAGAAAUCAGAUCAGCUGAUGUUUCUGUUUGGACAGCCAGGAUAUCACAUCUACCUUUUUGUUUUUCUUUUAGAUAACUGGUUACUAUGCCAUGUGGUUGAGGACUGUAAAACACAAACUGACACAUUAACUGUUGGAGACUCUCUUCAUACAUUUUCUUUUGAAAUAUAUUCAGCUUGCCGGGUUGCACCUGUCCUGGUUGACAGUUUCAAUAAAGUUUGUUGAAAACAGUG